AUGCAGACAGGUUAUUUAGAUUAUUACAUCUCAAACUAUCGCCGUGUUAACGGUUCCUACAAUGAAACCAAGUGGAAUGAGGGCACCGGGGUGAACAUUAAGCAAGUCAAGUCAACCAUCAAGGCAUUAUACGAUAACGGAGUCCCUUUCUUCACUAAAGAUGCCUUGCGUGAAAUUCAAGAACAGCUGGAAGGCGAUUUACGUGUCGGGCAGAAAAUAUCAGUUAGGGGACUUGAUGGAGUAACUGUUGAAUUUGACGUGAUAGCUGGCCAGGUUAUCAGACCAGCUGAAGCUGACACAGAAUAUGUCGCCCUGGAAAUCCAUCAUCCUGUCGCCUUACGUCACAAAGUCACAAAGGAGCGUAUAGGGGCUAGGCCGGUUAGGGACUUUGAUGCCGUUAAAGCAUCUUUUAUGGAAGUUUUACAAAGAUGGGAUUCUAGCACAACCUGUCUGGAACUACAGGCAACUUUGAACCAGGUUAAAUUCCCUCAGAACUUCAAGAUCAGCAAAAUUGUUGCAUUUGCGUGCGGCUCAAUCUCACUAGAUUCAAUCACGGAGGACAUGAGUACAAGGCCGCUAUAUCAGAGCUUGAGAGAAAGGUCAUCCUACCAGCAUGCGUUGCUACGUACUCUUCAGAAUACCAUAAGUAAUCUGGACGGAUGCCACAAUAUCCAAUGUUUUGCACAGGACCCUAUCUAUACCAGUGUCGAUUCCAAAGUCCUAGAAGAAUUUGGGAUUAGCAUCCUCGAUGAUCCGGAAGGCUUCAUCCGGGUUGAUGAUACCACUCUGGUAGUUUCAUUAAUGCCCAAUGUGCCUGUUAAGCAGAUAAUAGUGGAUAUUGCUCGGCCAGCUAUGAUUAUUUGGGACUCUAGUCCAGAGGACGGAGUCUACUUCACAGACCCAACUUCCCCCCGUGUCAAUGAUUUCUUGAAUAGCUUCUAUCAUGAAUCCAAGUUCCCCAAUGACGAAGAAAACUUCAACGAUGUUGCUAUUUAUACGAGGUUUGAUGCAUAG